AUGGAUCAAGAUCAGGUUGCUUCUCUAUUAAAGCUAGAGGAUAAAUUGGCCAAAAUUAGGUCUCAAGUAACCUCUAAAUUGGAAAAUCAAAAACAUGUUGCCAUAAUACUGGCCGCAGUCGAGGAAAACAUCUCCGGCAAAGCUACAAAUGAUAUCUCAAAAAAUAUUGUGAACUAUAUCAUUUCCUUUAUGUCCCUAUUAGACCAAGCUGUAGACCCAUCUACGCAUGAAAUUAAAGAUCUUCAGUUGGCUUCUUCUUCCACAUAUCUUUUGGAUCUGAUAUUUCGUUACUCUCCAAAACCUUUGUUAAGAUCGAAAUUUCCUGAAAUACUUACAAAGAUUGCGCCAUGCAUCACCGCAGAAGAGGCGAAUGCCCCAUUAAUUAGAGCCGCUCUUGGUUGUUUGGAAUCCCUUUUAAUCGCUCAAGAUGCUCAAGCUUGGAACAAUACUUACGAUUUAAACGUUACUCCAAAGAGAGGUUUACAAGGUAUACUUGAACUAUCUUUAGAUAUAAGACCCAAGGUUAGAAAGAGAGCGCUAGAUGCAGUUCAUGCAGUCUUACAAAACCCUCCUGUUGCUCCAACUGCAGAGCAUGUCGCGGCAGUUUUCGUGGCAGAUUUCUGUGACAAACAGUUAGCGGGUGUUUUGGGAGAAUUGUCAAAUUUAUCAAAUAAACAAUUGAAGGCACAAAAAACGAAGGAAGACGUUAAUUCUAGCGUCAUGCGCUCUUUAAGAUUAGUCACCUCCGUUAUCUCUACUGGACAGUGGCCAUCUUCUCAAAUUGAGCCUCUUUGUGAUAUACUAUUUGGUGUCGCUAAGAGCUCAGAGCAAUAUCUAGUCUCUGCGUCAUUUGAAUGCUUUGAGGGCAUGUUCAAAGCUAUGGCAGAAACUACUGUUUCUUCAGGUUUGGCUGAAAAUAAGUACCUAAGAGUUUUGGAUACAAUUUUCGCAUUAAAACCUUCAAAUGUAGAUACUUUAUUGACCAAGGCUUGGAUUGCUGUGAUAAUUAAAGGCAUGUCUACUUAUGCGGUACAUCAGCCAUUGAAAGCGUUACGUAAGAUUCCUAGUGUGUUUCGUAUUAUGUCCACGUAUUUAGCAAGUGAAACUCCGGAAGUAUAUCAAGCCGCCUCUCAGUGUCUAAUCUCAACCCUUUCUGACUCCAUUCAAGAUGAUCUGUUAUUAUUUACACCAAAUGUGGAUGAUAAAACCUUCAAAAACGUGGAUGAUAUUAUUUCUCAAAUUGCCAAAUUUCUUAUUGACUUCUUGUCCAUCAAAUACUCUCAUUGUUCCAGAGAAAUUCUCAAGAUAUUGGUAGCGGCAUUCAAUAAAUUCAGAUAUAGAUCCAAUCCUCACCUUUUGAAAGCAUUGAAGAUAGUUGAUACUUGGAGAGUAAAUGAGGAACAGUUCAUGGAUUUGAGGAAUGAAAUUGAACUGGUAAUUGGCGCCUCCAUUUCUGCUAUGGGGCCUGAAAUUGUCCUUGCCCAAGCUCCACUCAAUUUAGACAAUCCGUCUAUUGAAAGACCUGGUAGAGCUUGGUUACUGCCACUUAUUAGAGACUACACGAAAAAUGCCAAUCUUUCUACUUUCCAGAAUGAAUUGGCGCCAUAUAUCAAAAGCUUUCAAUCUAAAUUUGAUAAAGUUCCCGAAGAGUCAAUCCAGUUGAAGGUGUUCCAAACCAUUGUUGAUCAACUAUGGUCCACAUUACCGCGUUUCUGUGAACUACCAAUGGACUUAAGGGAGUCUUUCACUGAUGAAUUUGCUUCUGAAUUAUCUUCUUUAUUAUACAGUGAAGUUGAGUUGAGAACUACCAUUUGUCAUGCUCUUAAGGUCUUGGCAGAGAGUAAUGUUUCAUAUUUUGAGGGUUCUCAGUCGGACAAUGUUCUAUUGUUACAACGCUUGCCUAUUUCCGAGGCUCAAAAGAAUAUAGAGUAUCUUUCAACAAAGUCCACCAACCUCCUAGCCGUCUUGUUCAAUGUGUAUACACAAACUACUCCAAACGCAAGAAGUUAUAUUUUGGAAACGAUUGAUCAAUAUUUGAAGAUUACUUCAAAGGAAGAUUUGGAGAAAACAUUCAACAAUGUAUGUGGCCUUUUGAAAAACUCCAUGAAUGAAGAAACUAGUGGCAAUGCAAACAAAGAAAAGAGAAAACCUCAAUUGACAGCCACCUUAUUGGACUUGAUCAUUUGUAUGAUAACAUACUUACCUCCACCUUCUUAUCCUGCUUUAUUCUCGAUAUUUGGUCUUACCGUGUCCUCUCCUGAUGCAUUAAUUCAAAAAAGAGCUUAUAGAAUUAUUACCAAGCUUUCUGAGUUAGAAUCUGGUUCAACAACCGUUGCCCAGUUCAUAUCCGAUAUCGAAAAUGUUAUGGUAGAUAACACUUCCACUGUUCAAACAUCAGCUAAGGCUGCAAGAUUGGCAGCGCUCAAAACCAUAGUGGAUUUGUUACCCUUGGAUCAUCUCGGUUUCAUUGUCAGAACGGUAGCCGAGGUCAUUUUAAGUACAAAGGAUGUGAAUGAAAAAUCUAGGGAGACCGCUUUUGAAACUUUAAUCAAUAUGGGUAAGAAAAUGAAUGGGCCAAAUGGUACCAUCAAGCUCUCCCAAAUACCAGGUUAUGACCCUGCGACUCCGGAUCAACCAUCAUCGAUAUCCGAGUUUUUCAAGAUUAUUUCUGCCGGUCUUAUUGGUGAAUCUCAACAUAUGGUCAGUAGUUCAAUUACAGGUUAUGCAUGUUUAGUUUUCGAAUUCAAAAACGAAAUGGAUGCUGGUAUAUUAAUGGACAUAUAUGAUACCAUUGAACUGUACUUGACUUCCAACUCCAGAGAAAUUGUGAAAAGUGCCAUUGGAUUUACAAAAGUCUGUGUUUUGGGUCUUCCAGAAGAAGUGAUGAGGCCUAAGGUGCCAGAGUUACUUUUGAAGUUAUUAAGGUGGUCUCACGAACAUACUGGUCAUUUCAAAGCUAAAGUCAAGCAUAUCAUUGAAAGGUUGAUAAGAAGAUUUGGAUAUGACUAUAUUGAAGCCAACUUCCCUGAAGAAGAUAGAAAAUUACUAACAAAUAUAAGGAAAACGCGUAAUAGAAGUAAGCGUAAGGAUGAAGAGGCUACUCCUGUAACUGAAGCUAUUGAUGGAAUUACAACUAAGGGCUCAAGAUUUAUGUCCGCCUUUGAUGAAGCUGUUUAUGGGUCUGACAACGAAAAUGAUAACGAGUCAGAUCAAGAAGGAAACGCUGCUCGUAGCGGAAGGAAGAAUGGACCAAAACAGUUCAUUGUGGAAUCUGGUGAAAACCCAUUAGAUUUGUUGGAUUCCCAAACUCUAGCACAUAUUUCAUCCACUAGACCAAAGAAGUUCGACAAGAAUCAAAAUAAGGCGAGAUUUAACGAUGAUGCGUUUAAUUUCGACUCAGAGGGUAAAUUGGUCGUCAAGGGGCAAGGCAAACCCUCCAACAAUGUAGAUGAUCCUUUGAGCGCUGUCACAAGUGGUAUUAAUGCGUACCUAGAAGCCGUAAAAAGUGGUCCCGUCAGAGGUCAAAGAAACAAGUUGAAAUUCAAGAAGAAUGGAAGAGGCUCCGAUGACUUUGGUGAUGAUGAUGAUGGAAAGGAUAAUAAAGUGAUGGGGAGAAAAGCAGAUUCAAGAAAUAAGAUCGGUAAAGGUGGUAAAAGAGGUCCUAAAUUCAAAUCUAGAAAGAAGUUAUAG